UCUGUUUACUUCCUACUAAACACUCUGAUCUGUGUCACACAGUCAGUCGCUGUUGGACGCUGGAGACGAACGAUGCCGAGACGACGGACACGUUAAGCUUCCGACUCAAAGAUCACGGGCGAGCAACACGAGUGAAGCAUCAAGAUGGAUUACAAAUACGAUAAUGGAGUAGAACUGCUGUUGGCUCACAUGAACAUAGAAGAUAUUAUCAACGCUGCAGAGACUCUGUAUCAGCUCGAGGAAGAGGGGGAAGGAGGCUUGUCAUUCGAAGAGGAAGGUCUUUCCCAGGAGGAGAUGGAUGAGAACGAGGAGGCAGGGGACUUGGUGGGCUUGGGGAGUCAGGAGAACGACUACGUGGAUGGGCUGGGUGGUGUUCGGUAUGGGACGGUGACAGACCUCCUGUCCUUUGUCAACCUGCUCUCCAACAUGCAGGCAGCAGCACUGCAGCACCCACCUGAGGAGAUAGGUGUCCUGCUGAACAAGAAGGACAUGGCUGUGAAAAAAGGCCGCUACCAGAUCAACAUGGAUGUGCUCCUGUUUCCCUGGAAAUUGACCUACAAGAAUCACGGCACUGGCCUUGUGCCUAAAGGCUCAUUUGGGAAAGUCCACUUGGCUCAGGACACCACCACCAGGAAGAGGAUGGCUUGCAAACUGGUCCCAAUGGAGCACUUCAAAGCAGCCGACGUGGAGUUCCAAGCCCGGUUCCGCCACGAGAACAUCGCCGAGCUCUAUGGAGCUAUGCUCUGGGACCAGAGCGUCCACCUGUUCAUGGAGGCUGGAGAGGGCGGCUCGGUUCUUGAGAAGCUAGACAGCUGUGGGCCAAUGAGGGAGUUUGAGAUCAUCUGGGUGACCAAGCAAAUCCUGCGGGGGCUGGAAUACCUGCACUCACACAAUGUCAUCCACCACGACAUCAAACCCAGUAACAUUGUCCUGAUGUCAGACAAGGCAGUGUUGGUGGACUUUGGCCUGACGGUGCAGAUGACAGAGGAUAUAUACAUUCCCAGAGACCUGAGAGGAACAGAGAUGUAUAUGAGUCCAGAGGUCGUUCUGUGUCGAGGACAUAACACCAAGACAGACAUCUACAGCCUUGGCACCACCAUCAUCCACAUGCAGACGGGCAGCCCUCCAUGGGUCCAGAGGUACCCACGCACGGCCUACCCAUCCUACCUCUACAUUAUCCACAAGCAGGCCCCUCCUCUGGAGGACAUAGCAGAGGACUGCAGCCUGACCAUGCGCACCUUCCUGGAGCGAGCCCUGGAGAGAAACCCUGCUCUGCGCAGUUCAGCGUCUGAGCUGCUGAAGGACGAGGCCAUCAAUCCAUCCAGGGAGGAUCAGCCACGCUGCUGGAGCCUUGACUCUGCCCUGGAGGAGGCCACCAACACUCUGCUACGGCAGCAGAGCCAGCACCACGACACCACACAGGACUCUUCUCUAUAUUCUGAGGAUUCUGGCCACGUGAAGAGGAAGGGCUCCUUGUACAUUGACCUAGGGGCCUUGUCAGGUUACUGUAAACUGGUGACAGGGCCCCCGACCUCGGAAUAUGGCUAGCACCAGACCGCAUCGCACCACUUAAGUGACUGAACGUUAUUCAAAGCCAGCUGAUAAUUUACUUUUGAGCAUUUUGUUAAAUGUAUGGCUUUGCUGGUGGAGCACUGAUGAAUAGUUCAGACUGGUGAACAGCUGCAGGCGACGCGGCUCAUUGACGACCUGCAAUUGUUUACAAGACUCCAGAGGAUUUGUAAUGAAUGAAAUAAGCUUAACCUUGAUGCUUAAAUGGGCUGAUGUGACUCAACAACACUGCAGGACAGUUGUUAGAAGAGAUGGAUUGUAAUCAGUGAGCAUUAAGUGUCAGCUGUUGGUAUAAUUUCCCAGAGCUCCGUACAUUGUUCUAAUACAUGGUAUAUUUCAGUGUGUUAGUUACCACAAUAACCAAAUGUAUGCUGUUUUUUUCUUGUGAAACUAUGUCAAACAGUCUUGAAAAAGAAAAUAUUUAUCACUAAAGUAUGUAAGCUAUCUGUUAAAGUAUGUGGGCACUAUGCAAACAUGUGUAUGUAGUUCUUUAUGGACUUCCUCUUGUUAAUUCCUGUGGAAUAGAAAUAGCAUCAUGAUGCUAUGCAAAUGACGCUUCUGUGGAAUGCAUGUGGUAUUUAAUUUGUGCUUUGUACAUCCCGUGAGAUGAGUCGUGCUGAGCGUUACCUGAAACAAAAAAGCUGUUGUGUCACUUCUGUUUUCUUUAGUAUUGAGCACAGAAAUUGCCCAAAGUUUGAAAAUGUGUCAUUAUGCAAUAAAUGCAAUAACAUGAAAAUCCCAUUCUGCCUAUUAUUGAUUCAGUUCUAUUUAAAUAGAGUAUUCAUUUUAGAUUUGCAGCUUCACAAUUAAGAGAGAUUCCUGUGAAACUAAAACAUUUACUAUGUCAUGAUAUUUCACUUUUGA